AUGGCCGCGGUGAAGCAAUGGUCCAAUCUGCCGGCGGCAGCCCCGGGCCAGGGCGAGCCCUUGGCCGCGCACGCAGAAUUUGAGGACCUCUGUACUAUGAUUGAGGAACAAACGUAUGGUCAUACGGCGCUGGUGCAAACUCCUUAUGGCACCCGUCCACUGGUGUACGCCGACUCGACGGCUUCGGGCCGGAGCCUUGAAGCCAUCGAGGGUUAUCUGCAGAGCCACGUCAUGCCCAUGUACAGCAACACCCAUACCACCUCCUCCGCCUGUGGCUUGCAAACCAUGCAACUCGUGGAAGAAGCGCGUCAAAUCAUCAAGGACGCCCUUCGUGCCACAGAUGAAGAUGCCGUCAUCUUCGCGGGCAGCGGGUCCACCGGUGCCAUUAAAAAGUGCGCUGAAAUUUUGGGCCUGGGUCUCUUUGCCACCAGCGCGCAAGGCCAGUACCUCUGUACCUUCCCUGGCUGUCAUCGUCGUUUUCAUGACGAAGCUGCUGUCACGCUCCAUGCUCGCACGCACGGUGAUGGUGAUUUUGCAGCGCGCAGCUGGCGCAAGGCGCAUGGUGAAACCAAUGCCGACCGAAUCCAGCGCCAGACGCAGCCCCUUGUCCUGGUGGGCCCCAUGGAGCACCAUAGCAACUAUUGCAUCUGGAAGGAGAGUGGUGCACAGGUUCUUGAGGUGCCUCCGGGCCCUGAUCACCGCAUCGACGCCGCCAUCUUGGCUCAGCUCUUGGCCCAGCACGCCCCGCACCGUACCGUGGUGGCCGCCUUUAGCGCUGCGUCUAACGUGACUGGUCUCGAAGAAGACGUCUCGGCCAUUACGCGUCUUGUCCACCAACACCAUGCCAUCGCUGUCUGGGACUGCGCUGCAAGUGCCCCCCACGCCCGGGUGGAUCUCAAUCCGACAGACCCUGCCAGCCGACCCGACGCGGUUUUUAUCAGCCCCCACAAAUUUCCUGGUGGCCCCGACACACCAGGGCUUCUCUGCAUCAAGAAGAAGCUGCUUUCCAAUGCGGUGCCCUCCACCCCAGCCGGAGGCACUGUCUUUUACGUCUCUGGACAUCAGCAUCGGUACAUGGAAAACUCGGAAGAGCGCGAGGAGGGGGGCACCCCCAAUAUUCUAGGCAACAUUCGUUGCGGCCUCGUGUUUCGCCUACAAAAGGCGCUCGGCGUUGAGCGCAUCGCGGCCCGUGAACAGGCGAUGAUGAGCACCAUCAUGAACCGUCUGGCUGCCGUGCCCAACCUGUGCGUGGCAGGCGGCGACACGCCUCAGCGUCUCCCGGGAUUGCGCUUGCUGCUGGCAUCUGAUGGAAGCGGACGUGUCAUGCAGAUCCUCUCCUUUGGCAUUCGCCAUCCUCGCGAUCAUGGGCGCUUUCUGCACUGGAACUUCGCUUCGGCGUUACUCAACGACCUCUUUGGUGUUCAAGCCCGAGGCGGCUGCCUCUGCGCCGGUCCAUAUGCACACCGCCUGCUGGGUAUUAGCCCCGAGGAUGCGGUGCAGCUUGAGAAUGCGCUUUUGGACAAGCGCGAAGUUUUGCGUCCUGGCUUUGUUCGCGUGUCCUUUUCCUUUCACUGGCCCGAGGCCAAGUUGGACUACGUACUGCAAGCCAUCGAGUUUGUGGCACGACACGGCUACCUCUUCUUGGAUGACUACCUCUUUUAUGUGGAUACUGGAGAGUAUCGCCACCGCGCCUUCCGCAACAAAAGUCCACAUCGCAUGUGGCUCAGCGAGGCUGUAUUCGGGAGCGCCGGCUUGAGUGCGCCCGUUCCACCACAUGCUAGAGUAGAAGCCAAGUCCCUUUCAACGCCUCAAGAAGCCUUGGCGGCCGCACAGCAACUGGCCCAAGAGCGCCAGACGGCAACGAACAGCACGGCCACGGAUGCCGAGGCAAUUUUGGGUUUGCCCGAGGGCCUUCGUCGUCUUGUCUGGUUCCAGGCGCAGGUAUCACCGGCCGCCAGUCUCUCGAGUCGAACUGCAGGCCAGGCGGGAACCGGGGACAAGUCUUUGCAGUUGUUGGCGGAUGCUGCUCCUCUCGAUGCGGCGGCCUGGAAUCAAUCCACAGCGCCGCUUUCUGAACCAACCGAGGCGAAUCUGGACGCCGCGCCAGAAGCUGCGGCAGCACUGGAUGGCGAGGAUGGCCCGGUGCUAGCUUGCCCACUAGUUUUGAUGCGCGGUCGCUUAGCGCCGCCUCCUUCGGCAUUGCCACUUCCUGCUGAAGAGGAUGAGGGCGAAGAGAACGACGAGGACGAUGGUGACGCCGAUGAGCCCACGCACGCGACCAUGUCACAGGCCGGGGGCAACAUGGCGGGGACUGAGACUGCGGAUGACGUGCUCUUUGACACGUCUGCGUUGGGCGGCGAGUCGGACGGAGAGGAAGAGGAGGCCGCGCCUGCUGCCGGCCCCACCUUCCAUCGUCUGGCGUUGAAACCCAAGGUUCCGAAGAGCCUGCUGCGCACGGUGGGUGAAGCCAUUCGCGACUACGACAUGAUUCAGGAGGGCGACCGAAUCCUAGUGGGCUUGUCUGGUGGCAAAGAUAGUUUGAGUUUGCUGCAUUGCCUGUUGGCGCUGCAACGCAAGGCACCCGUGCGCUUUGAGGUGGGCGCGGUGACCAUGAACCCCAAUUUCCCGGGGUUUGACCCGCGCCCCUUGAUCCCGUACCUAAAGGCCUUGGGGGUGCCUUAUUUUUUCGAGUCACAAGAUCUGCUAGCGCAAGCCCAGGACACGCAGCCCAGCUCCAUCUGUUCAUGGUGCGCGCGGAUGAAGCGGGGAAUUCUGUAUUCGUGCUUGCGUCGCGAGGGGUACAAUGUUUUGGCAUUGGGCCAGCACCUGGAUGACUUGGCCGAAUCCUUUGUCAUGAGCAGCUUCCACAAUGGGCGCCUGCGGACCAUGAAGGCCCACUACUGCAACGGAAAGGGGGAUGUGCGCAUCAUUCGCCCCCUGGUGUACACGCGUGAGCGACAAACACGCACCUUUGCAGCCGAGUCCCACCUGCCCGUGAUUCAAGACAAUUGCCCAGCCUGCUUUGAGGAACCCAAGGAGCGAUACCGGGUCAAGACCCUCCUCGCCAACCAGGAGCACCUGUACCCAAGUCUGUUCCGAAUCCUGCUGCGUAGCAUGCGACCAUUGAUGCGGGACCACACGCUACCAGCCUGCGUGAGCGCCAGCAAGCUGGAGGAGAUCAACGCGCGGGAUGGGGAGCUCGUCUACCAUGGACAGCGGCCGACCGAAGAAGAAGAGGGGGAUGAAUGAUGAAGCCACCCAUCAGCUCAAACAGUCUGUACCAAUGCCAACCCCUUGCAAACCCAUAACAGAACACCAACCCGUGCGCCCCGCG